CUUUUCUUGCAGCCACCAAUUGCUCAGUGUAACCGAGUCGUUCGGCCGGAGAAGUUGAGAAAUCCCGAAGAAAAGUACAACUCUGGGUUAAGCGAGAUCCAGAACGAGAUACAUAUAUAGCGAUCAUGUCUGUGAAUGCGGAUCUGCAGAGAGAGCGGGCGGCGGCCACCUUGGACAGCGAGGACUUUGCCCGCUGGUGGGCGGGUGGCUCUUUGCUGCUGGAGGAGCGCCGCACCCUGGAAAGGCGUUUCUAUGCUGAUCCCGACUUCGCGGAGUCAGUGCAUCCGAGCUGUCUGUCCUACAAGGAGCGCUACGAGCAGACCGUGGCCCGAUCCACCCGCUUCCUGGCCAAGCUGCGCCAAUGGCAGCGGGAGAGGCAGCCACAACUCCAGCUUAGUGUCAAUAUGCUGAGGGACUUUCGGAUGCUACUCUCCGGAUCCGUGGGCACGGCCCUCUUCCAGCAGAGCUUUCCCCUUCGGGUGCACUUCACCAUGUUCAUGACUACCUUAUUGAGCCAGGGAACCGAGGAACAGCAGGCCCAGUGGCUCAAUCGAGCCUGGCACAUGGACGGCGUCCUAGGCACCUAUGCCCAAACGGAACUGGGCCACGGCAGCUUUAUCCGCGGCUUGGAAACCCGAGCGGACUACGAUCCCCUUACGCAGGAAUUCAUCCUGAACACACCCACGCAAAGUUCAUAUAAGUGGUGGCCCGGCGGACUCGGUAAUACCGCCAAUGUGGCCAUUGUGCUCGCCCAGCUGUAUGUGAAGGGCAAUCAUUAUGGUUUGCAAUCAUUUGUGGUGAGGAUCAGGGACGAGAGAACACACGAACCGCUGACUGGAGUCGACGUGGGCGACAUCGGUCCUCGUUUGGGGGGCAAUGGCGUUAACAACGGCUUCCUGGGACUCCACGACGUGCGAAUACCCCGCAAUCAAAUGCUGAUGAAGAACGCCCAGGUCCUAACCGAUGGCACCUUCGUCCAGGGCAGACCUCCGCUCCUGCUCUACGGCACAAUGGUCUAUGUGCGGGUCAUUAUCCUGAAGGAUGUGCUCUUUGGACUGCUCCAGGGUGCCACCAUAGCCACCAGGUAUUCCGUGGUGCGUCGCCAGAGCCGGAUUAACAACGAUGAGCCGGAGGUCUCCAUUUUGGAUCACAUCACACAGCAGGCAAAGAUUCUACCGCAAAUCGCACGAGGGGUGUCCUAUCGCCUGGUGUCCGAUUGGCUGUGGCGCUUCUACGAUGAGGUUAUCCGCCAACUGGAGGAUGAAAGCACGCCAGAACGCAACUCCCUGCCGGAGCUGCACGCCCUGAGCUGCUGCCUCAAGGCGGUGGCCACCGACGAGGCCAGCGAGGGCGUUGACCGGCUGCGAAAGAGUUGCGGGGGCCACGGAUUCCUCUCCUCGGCGAAUUUCGAUAGCAUCUAUGGUCUGGCCACCGCCGCAUACACCUACGAGGGGGAGUACACGGUACUCCUGCUGCAGGCAGCUCGUUACCUGGUCGGCCAGUAUGUGGACAGCUUGAAGCGGAAGGUGAUGCCCUCCAGUGUCUCAUAUUUGAGGGAUACAGCCCGCUUGGCUUGGGGCAAGAAUCUGACUGCGAAUUGUGUCCGAGCCCUGCAAAUUUCAGCCAUGGAGCAAGUGCGUCAGGCCUGGCAGACCCAGAAAAUGCAUCAAUCCAGCAAAGUGAGUGCCGAGAUGGCCAGCAAUCUGACUGGAAGGCAGCUCACCUCGGCAGCCAUAGCCCAUGCUCACGCAUUCUUCACACGCAAUGCGUUGGAGCAACUGGAAGCACUUCGACGGAAGGGCGAUCUUAGCCCGAAUAUCUCCCUUGUCCUGGGCCAACUGGUGGAGCUCUUCGUCAUCGAUACAUUCCUGCGCCAGUCGGGAUGCGUGCUUCGGUGGAACAACGGCAUCACUGGCACCCAACUGCGCUUCGUGGAGCGUCGCUUUGAGGAGCUGCUGGCCAAGCUGCGGCCCAAUGCGGUGGCUCUGGUGGAUGGAUUCGAUUUCCACGAUCGUGUCCUGGGCUCCACGCUGGGCUGUCACGAUGGCCGGGUGUACGAGCGACUAAUGGAGGAGGCACGCAGGAAUCCGGUCAACCAGGAGCCCGUCAACUCGUCCUUCCACAACCACUUGUUGCCCAUGAUGCGGGGAAAGCUGUGAUCUCCUUGCUGGCGUUUUGUUUUCUAUUUACCUAGAUGGUUUUCAUCGAUGAUUACGUUGAAGCUGAAUUAUACAAUUAGUCGUAACUUUUUAUUUGAACAAAGAAAAAAUGAUUUUUAAAUUG